UUGUUUGGCUAGCUCUGCCCUCCCUCCCACUCCAACCCAGUGACUGAGGGAUAACAGACCUCACUGUCAAGUUGUUCCUGCUUCAUUGAAAGUAGUCAACAUAUGACAUUGCUUUGGCUCCUGUUGAACCCUCAGAAGGAAUGCUGUGGUACUUCCCUUUACCCAUAUAAAAUGGAACAUAAGAAACUACAUAGCUGAAGGAACUACAGUCUUCUUAUAAAUGAGAGGUUUGAAGUCUAAGUAGUUUCCAGCUGAGGGAAAAGAACCAGCUGCCUCUCCACAGUGUAGAUUGAAACAGGGUAAACAUGAAUCUCACUAACUGUACCACAGAAGCCAAUGUGGCUGUGAGACCCAAGACCAUCACUGAGAAGAUGCUCAUUUCCGUGACUCUGGUGAUCAUUACCACCCUGACCAUGUUGCUGAACUUGGCCGUGAUCAUGGCCAUCUGUACCACCAAGAAGCUCCACCAGCCUGCCAACUACCUGAUCUGUUCCCUGGCUGUGACAGACCUCCUGGUGGCAGUGCUCGUCAUGCCCCUGAGCAUCAUGUACAUUGUCAUGGACAGCUGGAAACUAGGGUACUUCAUCUGCGAGGUGUGGCUGAGUGUGGACAUGACCUGCUGCACCUGCUCCAUCCUCCAUCUCUGUGUGAUUGCCCUAGACAGGUACUGGGCCAUCACCAAUGCUAUUGAAUAUGCCAGGAAGAGGACCACCAAGAGAGCUGGGCUGAUGAUCCUCACCGUCUGGACCAUUUCCAUCUUCAUCUCCAUGCCCCCUCUGUUCUGGAGGAGCCACCGUCAACUCAGCCCACCGCCCAGUCAGUGCACCAUCCAGCAUGACCAUGUCAUCUACACCAUUUACUCCACACUUGGAGCCUUUUAUAUCCCAUUGACUUUGAUACUUAUUCUGUAUUACCGGAUUUACCAUGCAGCCAAAAGCCUUUACCAGAAAAGAGGAUCAAGCCGGCACUUAAGCAACAGAAGCACAGAUAGCCAAAAUUCUUUUGCGAGUUGUAAGCUUACACAGACUUUCUGUGUGUCUGAUUUCUCCACCUCAGACCCUACUACAGAGUUUGAAAAGAUCAACACCUCUAUCAGGAUCCCUUCCUUCGACAAUGAUCUAGAUCACCCAGGAGAACGUCAGCAAAUCUCUAGUACCAGGGAACGCAAGGCAGCACGCAUCCUAGGACUGAUUUUGGGAGCAUUCAUUUUGUCAUGGCUGCCAUUUUUCAUCAAGGAGCUGAUUGUAGGUCUGAGCAUCUACACAGUGUCCUCUGAAGUGGCUGAUUUUCUGACGUGGCUUGGCUAUGUUAAUUCUCUGAUCAACCCUCUGCUCUACACAAGUUUUAAUGAAGACUUUAAGCUAGCUUUUAAAAAGCUAAUUAAGUGCCGAGAACAUACUUAGACUGCAAAAAGCUGAAAGACAUUGUUUUCACCAGCCUCGUGAAUGGACAGAGGAAAGGGGCUCAACUUAUUAAUUCUUGAACACAGUUGGUUCAGGAAAGUUUGUAAGUUCAUGUGGUCUUUCUGUUUAUUUGUUCUGUUUUGUCUGAGGUUUGUUAUCUGGUGUGCAGUUUUCUACCUCUGGCUUUAUUUGUGGUACACGAUUUCAAAUAAACAUUAUCAUAUAAAGACAGAAAUUUCAU